UGCAUUGCUGGCAUGUGUGUGGAUGCCCAUGGUUACCUCAUUGUGGCUGACAGCAGUCGCAAGGAGAUUCUCCACUUUCUUAAGGGUGGAGGCUAUAGUGUCCUUAUUCGGGAGGGGCUCACCUGCCCAGUGGGCAUUGCCAUCACUCCUAUGGGGCAGCUGCUGGUCUUGGACUGUUGGGAUCAUUUCAUCAAGAUCUAUAGCUACCACCUGAGGAGAUAUUCCACCCCUUAG